ACCUGCUCAGUCCAAAGCAGCGAGGCAAACUGUUGUUCCGACUGCGAGCAAAAGUUAUUCUUGAGUUGUGCAGAAGUGCAGAAACGGCGAAUAUUUCAUGUGUCCGGCCUCACUUAGAGAGGAUUCGACCGCCGGGAUAUCUAGGAAGUGGAGACGCAGAGGUAGACGCAGAGGAGGCUGUUUUUGUACAGUUAAUCCAAACGCUGCUGAAUGACCCAGCAGAGAGGGAGCACUUUUACCAGGAGGUUUUUCCAGCAGAGUAUGACGUCAGUUAUGAUGCAGACAUGCAGCUUCUUGUGUGGGAAUUCCUUUCCAAACUGGAAAGCCUUCUGCCAGUGCCAGACCUCGGCCAGACUGUUUCAUGGCUGACCUUUGCCCCCUCAUUACUGAAGGACAUGCCAGCGCUCACUAACCCUGACGACGUGAGGGCUCUCCUGCAGCACCACACAAGCCUCAAGUCUCUUAGUGUACAAGGUUCCACAGUAGAGAUGUCCACUCAGGUCUUUACCUGCUCCGAGUGUCCGUUUUUCCACAUGCAAGAGUCGUACCUGCUGCAGCACGUUGAGCACAGUCACCCUGAGCACUACAGCCAGCUCCAGAGGACUGCACACACAGCUGAGGCCCCCACGAAGAAACCUCCACGACCUCGGUUUCCACAACCCUUCCCCAUCCAUGACAGGCCGGACCCCCACACGUGUCCGGACUGCGGCAAAACGUUCACACGUGCCUUCGACGUGACGCGUCACCAACGCACACACACAGGCGAGCGCCCGUACACCUGCGAAGAGUGCACCAAGACCUUCAAGAACUCUUGGGAUCUGACCAGACAUCAGCGUCUUCACACCGGAGAGAGGCCCUUCCUGUGCUCCCAGUGUGGCAAGCGUUUCACCCAGAUGGGCUUGCUCAAGCUGCACUUUGAACGGACCGCCUGUGGACAGAGCUGCAACCCUCCGUUAGACUUAACGACGGAGGUGGUGGUGGCAGAGGAGACGGCAGAGAAGGAGCGCCGGUACAAAUGUCAGAAAUGUGGCGAGAGCUUCAGCAGCGUCCUGGACCGGCUGAGACACAGACAGAGCCACGUGGUGCGACGCCAGUACAAGUGCUCCCUGUGUGACAAGAUCUACAGCCGUGCCUCGGACCUCAAGAGACACCAGAUGAAACACACAGGCGCGCGGCCGUUCUCCUGCGAGUGUGGGAAGAGCUUCACGCACUUGUGGCUUCUGAGCAAGCACCGGCAGAUCCACACCAGGGGGCGGCCGUACGUCUGCUCGGAGUGCGCCAAGAGCUUCGCUCAGCUGCAGACCCUGAGCAGGCACCUGCUGGUCCACAGCGCUCAGCAGCCUUUUCAGUGUCCGCUCUGUGAGAAGAGCUUCACCCAGCUGGCCAGUCUGACCCGCCAUGAGAGAACCCACACAGGUGAGAGGCCGUACGUGUGCACCACCUGUAAGAAGGCCUUCCUCACUAAAGGAGAGCUGGCGCGACACCAGCUCAGCCACAGCAGCCUCCGAGCCUUCGGCUGUCCUCAGUGCUCCAAGAGCUUUAAAACUAAACGUUCUCAGACGCAACACCUGAGCAGCCACACAGGCGAGCGCCCGUUUGUGUGCACCCGCUGCGGAAAGAGGUUUGCCAAGUCAGCCUCGCUCCUACGCCAUAAUCUUACUCACAGCGGGGAGCGGCCCCAUCACUGCCCCCAGUGUGGCAAAACCUUCAUCACCUCUGGGGAGCUGCUCCUCCACAGACGCAUCCACACAGGAGAAAGGCCUUAUUCAUGCUCCUACUGUGAGAAGAGCUUCAGGUGCUCCUCUGACCUCAACGUGCACGUCCGAACGCACACCGGGGAGAAGCCCCACAGCUGUCUGCUCUGUAAGAAAGCCUUCCUGACACCCGUGAAGCUAGACGCGCGCUCCAGUUUGAAGCUGCGCGUCUUGGAGGAGGCGCAGCUUCCAGACGGUGGAGCUGGGAGUCCGGACGGGGGUGUCAGGAUACAGAGAGACCAGAUCUGUGCCGAACCAGCGAUGGGCGUCCCCCCCAGGACCCGCGCACAGGCGGCGCAGGACGCGCGCGGCGGCUGA